UAUACUAUACUUUUUUAUAUUUUUUUUUGUUAGGUUGUGUAUCGUGAACAAUAUGCCAAUAUGCGCCUUUGUUCAAUAAAGGUUAAGAAACAGGAGAUUGUGCAAAUUUACCUCAUGUCGAGGCGUUUGAUGGAUCAGGGCCGUCAGGAAGCAUGUGCCAUGUGCGUGCAUGCGUGCCACCACCUUGUUGCUGACACCGCGCAUUUAUCCCGUAGGGGGGUGGAGACCAUGCUUUGUCAUUGAGGAGCUCAGUAUCAGCAGCGGCAGUUGUAACAUUCUUUCAGUCCUCCUGCACUUCCGAUGCUCAGCACGCUGCAUCCCGAUGCAGUCUCGUCGACACGCUGUGGAUCGACACGCUUUCCCCCUUUGCCUCCUACACACACGGCGGACUUUGAUUGUUGACGCAUCUCCAAUGUUUGGACCCGGGCUGGCGUGGAAACGCGAAGGCACGUCCCAAGUGUCAAAUACGGACCCGUCCUGCCGAUGCGCCUCCUCCGUGUUUUGCUUUCGGUGGCACUCCAAAUGCAUGACACCUUUAUGAUUCACCCCCCUGCUCCUUCCCGCUGUGCUCCGCUCCUGUAAACAAAUGGAAAGGUUCCAGUGUUCCAUGCGCAAGCGGCUCUACAGCCUGCCGCAAAACAUCGGGCAAAGACCUUUUGCGGUGGACGAAGGAGACAGCGGCGACAAGGACACGAAGAGGAAAAGUAUUCUGCUGAGACACUUGUCCUCUUUGUCUCCCGCAAGCAGUUGCAGGAGCAUCGAGGAGGGCGGUACGAAUGCCGCCGGGAAGACCAACUUGAACGGGGACUGUCGCCGUUUCAGGGGCAGCGUCUCUUCCAUCAGCGGGCGUCAUUUUACCGGGUCAGAUGCGGCGGAGCAGCGCCGCCUCAUCCCGGAAGUGGACGCGGGUGUCGGGGACGGUUCCCCCGGAGAGCGCGGCCCGGCAACGGGGGGUCUGAGCGACGCGGCGGCCGGUCAGUCGUCGGUGUUUGACCAGACGAGUUUCAUCAAGUUGGAAGGUACCGAGCAAAUUAUCCCCGAGGAUGAGCGGCUCUACCAAGCCGGAUUCAUGCAUCGGCAGUUUGGGGCGAUGCUCCAACCGGGAGUCAACAAGUUCUCUCUGCGGAUGUUGGGCAGUGAGAGGGCCGUGGAGCACGAAAGGGAGCGUGUCAAAUCUGCUGGAUUCUGGAUUAUACACCCAUACAGUGAUUUUAGAUUCUACUGGGAUCUGACCAUGCUGCUUCUGAUGGUGGGAAACCUCAUCAUCAUCCCCGUUGGCAUCACCUUCUUUAAGGACGAGCACACGCCGCCCUGGAUCGUCUUCAACGUCGUCUCGGACACUUUUUUCCUGAUGGACCUGGUCCUCAACUUUCGCACGGGUAUCGUCAAGGAGGACAACACGGAGAUCAUUCUGGACCCGCAAAAGAUCAAGAUCAAGUACUUGAAGAGCUGGUUUGUGGUGGAUUUCAUCUCCUCUAUACCCGUGGACUACAUCUUUCUCAUCGUAGAGACUCGCAUUGACUCGGAUUUUUACAAGACUGCGCGAGCGCUGAGGAUCGUGCGCUUCACCAAAAUCCUCAGUCUCCUUCGCCUGCUACGCCUCUCCAGACUCAUCCGCUACAUCCACCAGUGGGAGGAGGUUUUCCAUAUGACCUAUGACCUGGCCAGUGCUAUGGUGCGUAUCAUGAACCUGAUUGGUAUGAUGCUGCUGCUGUGUCACUGGGACGGCUGUCUGCAAUUUCUGGUUCCCAUGCUUCAGGACUUCCCUCCCGAUUGUUGGGUCACUCGAAAUAAGAUGGUGAAUGACACGUGGGGUCAGCAAUAUUCUUACGCCCUCUUCAAAGCCAUGAGCCACAUGCUGUGCAUCGGUUACGGGCUGUACCCGCCCAUAGGAAUGGCCGACGUGUGGCUCACCAUCCUCAGCAUGAUUGUGGGCGCAACCUGCUUUGCCAUGUUUGUGGGGCACGCCACUGCCCUCAUUCAGUCACUGGACUCCUCCAGGAGGCAGUACCAAGAAAAGUACAAACAGGUGGAGCAGUACAUGUCCUUCCACAAGCUCCCCGCGGACAUGCGUCAGAGAAUCCAUGACUACUACGAGCACCGCUACCAGGGCAAGAUGUUUGACGAAGAGAGCAUUUUGGAGGAGCUGAAUGAACCGCUGCGAGAGGAGAUCAUCAACUUUAACUGCCGUAAACUCGUGGCCUCCAUGCCUCUGUUUGCCAACGCCGAUCCCAACUUUGUCACCUCCAUGCUGACCAAACUGCGCUUUGAGGUCUUCCAGCCAGCCGACUACAUCAUCAGAGAGGGAACCAUCGGCAAGAAAAUGUACUUCAUUCAGCAUGGGGUUGUCAGCGUCCUGACCAAAAACAGCCAAGACACCAAGCUGUCAGAUGGCUCUUAUUUCGGAGAGAUUUGCCUGUUGACCCGAGGCAGAAGGACCGCUAGUGUGCGAGCAGAGAACUACUGUCGCCUCUACUCUCUGUCGGUGGACAACUUCAACGAGGUACUGGAAGAAUAUCCAAUGAUGAGGAGAGCGUUCGAGACGGUGGCCCUCGACCGGCUGGACCGCAUCGGGAAGAGAAACUCCGUUCUUCAGCAUAAAGUCCAACAUCACCAAAGUUCUGGCACGUUAAACCUCCAAGAGAGCGAGAUCAUCCAAAGGAUAGUGCAGCAUGACCGCGACAUGGCCCAGUGCACGCGACUGAACCAGACCAGCAACACACAGAUCUUGAACAUCCCCCCGACACCUUCGGAUCCCACCCCGGUCAUCUGGGCCCCUCUUGUUCAGGGUCCACUCCAGGCCGCUGCUGCCACCACGCCAUUGGCACUGGCUUUGGCUCACCAUUCCCAGUUGCCCCACAUCCUCUUUCAUCAUCCUCUCAUCCCUGGCUCCCUAAAAGACCCAAUCAGCCAUCCAAAAAGAACCCACACUGGAGCGCUGCCAUCUAGCGUCUGUGGCUCAGUGGCCAAUUCUCCCGUGGGUGCGACUAAAUUCCGCACAGAGGUUGAGACUCCCACUCUGGCCUCCAUCACAGCACCACAUCUCUCCACAGGGCCCUCGCCUACUCUGUCAUCCCAGCCCAUCUUCACCAGCAGUCUCCAGCCCCUGGCCCCUCCCACUCAGGCGACCCACCAUCCUCCCCACUCGGGCUUGGCCUCGGUCUUCCCCAUCAGCCAAGCCGCCGUCUCCUGCACUUGCACUGCUCAGCUCCACCCGCAGCCCUUCCACGGAGCCAUGACCACCCCGCCCCAUCCGAUCAGUUUGCUCCAGCAGGAGGAGAUGGUAGGGCUCGCGGGGAAAUUCACGGCCCCCUCCUCCUGCUCCAUAAGUCCUCUGAUCUCCAGCUCUGUCAGCCCGAUUCUAAGCCAGCUGCAGCAGAGCUCUCAUGCCAUCACACAGCAGAUGGGGUCAUGUCAUGGCAGCGCAGGGAGGAUCACCAGCAGUCUGAACUUCCCACAUUUUCCCAUCAUCACCAACACACAGUCCUUCGGUAGGACAUCUGCAGGCAGAGGCGGGGCCGCAGCAUCCCUGGCACAGCACAGCCUGGCGGGGCUCCAUUCGGUUUUCUUGCCGCAGGUUCUUCCCGAGCAGUCCGCCCUCGCUUCCCUGACGCAGUACGGCUCAGCGGAAGCUUCGCCUUGCUACACUCCUCCUCUCCACAGUCCCGGCUUACAGAGCCCGGUGAAGGGAAGGACAGUUUACCAAAGCGAGCCACCCGGGCCCAAGAACUCUCACAACCCUCUUACAGUUCAGACCUCGUGCCCAGCCAAGGUGGCAUUUACCAUCAGGGAGAGCAGCGAUUCACCAGCCGAGCUCUUUACGCAGGAAAUAAAGACCAUCUCAGGCUCUUACAGUUCUUUACACCACACACAAGACAGACUUUUGGCGAUCACCUCAGGGGGGGCAACAAGCUCCUUCUCCUCCCCUGACGCAUCCACUAAACCCCAGGUCACGAUGGCGGGUCACACCACCGCUGUCACCUGGACAUAUUCAGGACUUGAACCUCAGAACCAGUUUCUAGCUGUAAAUUCUAAAAUGUUAGAGAGCCAACACAACCAGUCGAAACUUCCCUCAAGCUUGUGAGGCUCAGACGCACCCUCCUUUCAUCAACACAACUCAAGACAUCCCUUUUUACCUCCCACUUUGCUCCUUUGAACAUAGGAGGGUGUGUGAUUCUUAUCUGAUUAUGGAUUUCCACCACAGAAUGUAUGGCUUACUGGUAAGAAUGAACUGUUUCUAGAGGAUAUUUCUCCUUAAAAUAGAGUAAUAAAGCCCAUUUUGUGGGUAAAUAGCACCUUAUGGAAAUAAGAAUUUAUCAAUUUAUCUAUGAAGUGUAUACACAAAAUGUGAUUCUUCCAGCUGUUUAGCCCUGUUUUCUUCGCUACCUUUUGUCUUCACUUAUUUACAGCUUUGUCAAGUUUGAUGAAACCCCCCAAAAAUAUUGUCCUCAAAAAAAGUGUCCCCUCUUCUCAGCUAUGAAUGCAAAGUUAGUCUAAAGACAACUCAAGGGGCACCGUUGGACUCAAACAUGCUCAUGGUGGAUGCUGGACGUUGACAAGGAUCCAUCGAAUGCACAUACUGUAUGGAAUUCCUAGCACAUACGUGGGGUAUACACUUUCCAGGUUGGUGACCUGAUGAUCUUAUCUCUCCUUGCUGUUUGUGGAGGAUGUUUGACUUUCAGGGCUUUUGGGGGAAAUUAGCAACCACAAUGAGGAAAAAGUACAUCCAAAUUUGGAAGCCAUGGUUCUUGGAAAAGAAUGAAUUACCCCAUGUGGGUUAGGAGGGAAGUCCUACCUCAGAUGGAGGAUGUCAAAGUCUUGUAAUGAAAGAUGUCAAACGUGUCCUGAGCUCGACUGAUAGAUUGAGGAUGCGGUCUAUGUACCGGUGUGUCCUGGUGAGGAGAGAUUUGAGUCUACCGGCGAAGCUCGCUAUUUACCUGUCAAUCUACAUUUCCCCUUUCACCGUUGGUCUCAAGAUUUAGGUAGCGACCGAAAGAGAGAGAAAGUGAAGGUACAAAUGCCUGAAAGAGGUUUCCUAUGCAUGGUGUCCCAGCAUAUUCGGGAGGAGCAGUGUGGUUUUCGCUUGGCCGUGGGACAAUGGACAGACCCCCUCAACAGGGUUCUGGCACUUUGCCCAGCCAACCUACUUGUGCUUUGUAGACUUGUAGAAGGUUUCACCCAUGUCCUGGAGAGGAUCCUGCGUGAGUAUGGGGUCCAGAACGCCAUAGUACGGGCUGUUCAGUCCCUGCAAGACCAGUAUCGGAGUUUGGUCAGCAUUCCAGACAGUUAACAGUAUUUCCAGUUCGGGUUGGACUCGGCUAAAGCUGCCCUUUAUCAUUGAUUCUAUUCAUAACAUUUAUGGAUAGAAUGCUUUUUGCAGAUGAGGUGAUUCUGUUGGCUCUGUCAAGUUGGGAUUUUCAUCUCUCACUGAAGCUGUGGUGAUUCUCUCAAUCUUUGGGUCGUGACCGAAAGAGCAAGAUCACGGACACAAGCGGCCGAAUUAGGUUUCCUCCGCAUUGGUGUCUGGUCUCUCCCUUGGAGAUAGUCAUCCUGGAUGGGUUCAGGGUAAGCUGGUGCUUCUCUUUAUCAAGAGUAGCCAGAUGAGGAGACUCUGACAUCUGUGCCUCCUGGCCGCCUUCCGGGUGAGGUGUUCUGAGUACUUACUGAUAGCAGGCCCCGGACCCGCAAGGCCUCAGAACCCGCUGUAGAGACUGUCUCUCGACUGGCAUGGGAACGUCUCUGGAUUCUCCUGGAAGAGCUGGCGCAAGUGGCUGGGGUUAGGAAAGUCAGAGCUUCUCUGCUUAGGAUCUUUCUGCCGCAACCUGACCUCGGAUAAGUGGAAAAACCUGCGUGGAUGGUGUCCGAGCUCAACCUUAGUGAGAGAACUCCGACAUCUGUGUAAAUGAUUAUUCAAAUCCCUCCUGGAGGUCGCCAUGAUCAACCACGAGCAGAUCCUACAAGAGAACUCUGAUGUCCUGGCGGUAUUGUCUGUCACAGCGACCCGAGAAUGCCAUUUUGGCCCUUUUGAGGGAGGUAGGGGAGGUGUUGACCAGUGACAAGUCUGGACACCUCUGCUUAGACUACUGCCCUUGCAAAGAAACUGGAUAAAUGGAUGUUCUUAUUUGUCUGUAUGUCUUCCAAAUUGUUUCAGCAAUACUGCACAGCAGAACGGGGCACACAAAUCUGAUCAUAUUUGUCAAAGUAGUGAAUGUAAUGUUUGUCUACCUGGGUGGACCAUGUAGGUCAUCAGGAAGAUUAUCCUGAGUGAAAGAGGCAGCAUGGUUGUCACUUCGCUGUGCUAUUGCAACCUUUUUCAGAGGACAGUUGGGACACCUAAGCCAUGCUUUUUGUAUAUCCGCUCUGUCUUUUAUGGCCAUGAACGAGUACUGUGAAUUGUUAGGAUGCAAUUAGGAGCGACACGGCAAAUGUGAAUGUUUCUUGCACCAGUCAAAGGGCUAAAAGCAAUUACUUGGGAAAUGUGAUGAACAACAAAUACCGAUGGGUCACAUUGCUAUACAUUGACCUCUUUUUCAUUGUAUCUCAUCGAAUCACAUCACGAACCGAAUCCUCUUUUGUGUUAAUAACUCCAUGUUGCUUAAUCGCACCUUGCUGUCAAGAACUCGCGAUCAGUCAUGGCUUGGCAUCCUCGGCGUCGAUUAGCUGCCUGGUUUGUGGAUCUUGAGGAUGAGUCCUGUUGCGACUGUGUGACGCUUUGGGUCACUAAGCAGCCUCUGCCGGUGGACUCGAUCAAUCCCUCAUUACUAUUCUCCUCCAAGCCCACAACACCAGAGGCAUGAGUGCAGCUUGACUAGAAGGUUACCGUGGGUGCAAGGUGUGCAUUUUCCUCGGAAGGUCAGUCACCCAUUUCUAUAUUCAAUAUUCAUUGUUGUUUUUGAUGCCUUUGACAUCGGAGGAUUCCAUCUCUUAUGUGCAUAGAGUAUGUGAGCUCUAUUUUAUGAUUUUCGGUAUGGAAUCCAAUGCAAUAAAUGAUUAGCUGCUCAAUGA